GUGAUGUCCUGAGGAACGAAACACUCGACUCGAGGACUGCCCCAUAAAGUCGAAAUCGGCACUGUCUUCCUUAUCGCCGUCAUCCGUCCAUCUCCGGUUGGUUCUCUCUCUCUCUCUCUCUCUCUCUCUCUCUCUCUCUCUAUUCGGUUGGCUCUCCGUCCAUCUUCAGUUGGCUGUGUGUGUUUUGUCUGUGUGAGUUCGUGUGAACUUUUAGGUUUCUGAGCUGAAACCGCUCCGUGGGUGCUUUGAUUGCCUUCGGAUUUCAAGUGCAAUUUUGGGGCUUCAGGAGGAGUAAAAGAGUCAUAAUUUUUUGGUGCUGCACCGUGUCUGCUACCUUGGACUUUGUGGCUUGAGAGAAACACAAGGAUUUAAGACAACAUCUUUUGAUUUGUUGCAGUAUAGGGUUGUUUUUCUCACUUCUUUCUUAGGAUCUUACUGCUGGUCUACAAUAGGAAAGUGCUGCUAGAGUGUGGCUUGUGGUAUCCUUUGGUUCAAAAGGUUUGCCAAUGAGAAGAUCCAAAGCUCAUAAUUUGGCGGAUGACAGCUUGAUGGAUAAGGAGGAUACAUCAUAUAAACAGGGUAGACGGAAAAAGGGCAUUAGAAGGAAUCAAAUUGAGGAAAAUCUUGGUUCUGAUGGGGAUCAUUCUGCAAAAUGUUCAUCUGGGCAUGUGUCUGACAAGGCUGUGAAAGCCCAAAAAUCCUUAAAGCAUCAAAAUAAAUCUGUGCCACAGAUACUAGUGCGCAGGAAACAGGUUGACCCAGAAACUGCUAAAUACUUCUUGGAGAUUGCUAAUGUUCUUGAAGGCGGGGAGGUUGAGUUAGAGGAACGAUCAGUUAUCUGUGGUAAUGCUUUGGAAGAAACUAGAGGAAAAGAAUUAGAACUUGCAACUGAUUAUAUUAUAAGCCACACUCUGCAAAGCCUCCUUGAGGGCUGCGACGCAGAUCACCUUUGUGGUUUCCUGCUAAGCUGUGCAAAUGAUUUCCCCCGUAUUGCAAUGGAUAGAUCUGGUUCUCAUGUUGCUGAGACAGCUCUCAAGUCGUUAGUAGUGCAUCCUCAGGAUGAAGAUGCCCACUCUUUUAUUGAAGAGACAUUAACAACAAUAUGCAAGGUGAUUGCAGUCAAUCCUGUUGAUGUUAUAUGUAAUUGCUAUGGGUCACAUGUUGUUCGAAGUCUUCUUUGUCUGUGUAAAGGAGCACCAGUAGACUCUACAGAGUUUCAUUUCACAAACUCAUCUACAGUUUUAGCACAGCGGUUGAAUCUCAAGGCUUCUCAAUUGGAUGGGAACGAGUCAUCUCAUCUUCAGCUGGGAUUUCCUGACCUACUUAAAUUCCUUGUAUUGGAGAUGUUAAAACAUGCUAGAAAGGACAUUAGAACCUUGCAAGUUAAUCAGUUCAGCAGUUUGGUACUGCAGACUGCUUUGAAGGUACUAGUGGGAGAUGAUGAGUUGUUGCAAAUAAUUCCUGUCCUUCUUGGCUGCAGCAAGGAUUAUUUUGCAGAAGGGAGCUCGAUAGAAAAUUCUGUAGUGCAAGACACUAUUGAUUUGAUGAAAGAAACUGCAUUUAGCCAUUUAAUGGAGGUUAUUUUGGAGGUGGCUCCAGAAACCUUGUAUGAUGAAAUGUUCAGAAAGAUUUUCAGGAAUUCAUUAUUUGAGAUUUCAUCUCAUCCUCGUGGUAACUUUGUUGUCCAAGCAUUAGUUUCUCAUGCAAAAUGUCAAGGUCAGAUGGAGUUAAUCUGGGAGGAACUUGGUACAAAAUUUAUGGAUCUUCUUGAGAUGGGAAGGUCUGGAGUUAUUGCCUCUCUCAUUGCAGCAAGUCAGAGGCUUCAUACACAUGAACAUAAGUGUUGUCAAGCCCUUGCUGCUGCAGUUCAAUCAGUGAAUGAGUCUCCCAGAUGCAUAGUUCCUCGGAUACUAUUUCUUGAGAGCUACUUUGGCUGCGAAGAUAAGUCCGAUUGGAACUGGCCAAAUGGUACUAAGAUGCAUGUCAUGGGUUCUCUAAUUUUGCAGGCAAUUUUUAGAUUUCGAAGUGAGUUUGUUCAUCCUUAUAUCACAAGUAUUACAUCCCUAGAAGUGGACCAUGUACUUGAAACAGCACAAGAUGCGAGUGGAGCGCGUGUUCUUGAAGCUUUUCUUAGCUCACAUGCUUCUGAAAAGCAGAAGCACAAAUUAGUUUCAAGGUUACGAGGACGUUUUGGGGGGCUUUCAAUGCGCUCAUCAGGUUCGUUUACAGUUGAGAAGUGCUUCAGUGUCAGUAACAUGUCACUGAGAGAGGUCAUCGUAACUGAGUUGCUAGCUGUGCAAAAUGAGCUUUCCAAGACAAAGCAGGGCCCUUAUCUCUUGAGGAGACUAGAUGUUGACGGGUUUGCUGCACGGCCUGAUCAGUGGAGGUCAAAACAAGUAUCCAAACAAUCUGUUUACAAAAAAUUUUGUGCUGCAUUUGGGUCUAACGAGAGGAAAUCAUCCAAAAAUGACAAAUUUCUUGCUUAUACUUCGAACCACAUAGCACAAGCAGAUACGAUAAAGAAAAUGAGGAAAGAGAUUGACCAAUGCCUGGCUUCUGGUACCCCUCUUUUGGGUUCCCAAUCUGCAGUUCAUGAGGUUUCACUGUCUAAGUUGGGCAAAUCAGGCUUCAAGCGUCAUCAAGAAAGAAUGGAAAAGGGCAGUAUAAAAUUAGCAAAACAUGCUGUUGAUGAUGACGUCUUGAGAAGUAAAGCGAAGAAAAGGAAGAACAAAAAGAAAGAAUGAUGGGAAUGAUGACAUGGCCUGUAGCAAGUAUGUCGACAGAAACUGUUCACAAGUGGAAAUCAUCACAAUCUGUCUCUGGAGAAGAAAUGGCAUUGCAAGGAUGGCCUAUCUGAACCUCAUAAGAAGAAAUUUGAGGGAGAAGGUGCGAUCAUCUAGCUUUUGUUUUAAUUUCUACCUUUGUUUUUAGGUUUGUAUUGUGCUAUUGUAGCAGUAAAAGCCAAAUUGUAGGACAAUUUUGUUUCUCGGUGGCGAAAGAAAAUUCUGCCUGUUUUGUUUUGUUUUGUUUGUUUUUUUCCCCCCAUAAUGUUCAGUUGGGAAUCAGAAUGCAUCUUUUAUUCUGUUGAUUUUGGAAGGAAGCAAUGUGGCCUUGCUAACACAAA